CAGGAUGGCUGCAGGCGUGGCCACGUGGCUGCCGUUUGCGAGGGCGGCCGCGGUGGGCUGGCUGCCCCUGGCCCAGCAGCCCCUGCCCCCUGCGCCCGGGGUGAAGGCAUCUCGAGGGGAUGAGGUUCUGGUGGUGAACGUGAGCGGACGGCGCUUUGAGACCUGGAAGAACACUCUGGACCGUUACCCUGACACCCUCCUGGGCAGUUCAGAAAAGGAAUUCUUCUAUGAUGCUGAUUCCGGCGAGUACUUCUUCGAUCGCGACCCCGACAUGUUCCGGCAUGUUCUGAACUUCUACCGCACGGGUCGGCUGCACUGCCCGCGGCAGGAGUGCAUCCAGGCCUUCGACGAAGAGCUGGCUUUCUAUGGUCUGGUGCCUGAGCUCGUGGGCGACUGCUGCCUCGAAGAGUACCGGGACCGCAAGAAGGAGAACGCCGAGCGCCUGGCGGAGGACGAGGAAGCUGAGCAGGCCGGGGAUGGCCCAGCCCUGCCUGCCGGCAGCUCCUUGCGGCAGCGGCUCUGGCGGGCCUUCGAGAACCCCCACACGAGCACGGCGGCCCUCGUUUUCUACUAUGUGACCGGCUUUUUCAUUGCCGUGUCGGUCAUCGCCAAUGUGGUCGAGACCAUCCCGUGCCGCGGCCCCGCGCGGCGGCCCCCGAGGGAGCAGCCCUGUGGCGACCGCUUCCCACUGGCCUUUUUCUGUAUGGACACGGCCUGUGUGCUCAUAUUCACGGGUGAAUACCUCCUGCGGCUAUUCGCCGCCCCCAGCCGUUGCCGCUUCCUGCGGAGCGUAAUGAGCCUUAUCGACGUCGUGGCCAUCUUGCCCUACUACAUUGGGCUUUUCGUGCCCAAGAACGAGGAUGUCUCAGGCGCCUUUGUCACCCUGCGUGUGUUCCGGGUAUUCCGCAUCUUCAAGUUCUCCAGGCACUCACAGGGCUUGAGGAUUCUGGGCUACACACUCAAGAGCUGUGCCUCUGAGCUGGGCUUUCUCCUCUUUUCCCUUACCAUGGCCAUCAUCAUCUUCGCCACUGUCAUGUUUUAUGCCGAGAAGGGCACAAACAAGACCAACUUUACUAGCAUCCCUGCGGCCUUCUGGUAUACCAUUGUCACCAUGACUACGCUUGGCUAUGGAGACAUGGUGCCCAGCACCAUUGCUGGCAAGAUUUUCGGAUCCAUCUGCUCCCUCAGUGGUGUCCUGGUCAUUGCACUGCCUGUGCCAGUCAUCGUGUCCAACUUUAGCCGCAUCUACCACCAGAACCAGCGUGCUGACAAGCGCCGAGCACAGCAGAAGGUGCGCUUGGCAAGGAUCCGGUUGGCAAAGAGUGGUACCACCAAUGCCUUCCUGCAGUACAAGCAGAACGGGGGCCUUGAGGACAGUAGCAGUGUGGACGAACAGGCGCUGUGUAUCAGGAACCGUUCUGCUUUUGAGCAACAACAUCACCACCUCCUGCACUGUCUGGAGAAGACAACGUGCCACGAGUUCACAGAUGAGCUGACCUUCAGCGAGGCCGUGGGUGCCGACUCACUGGGGGGCCGCACCAGCCGCAGCACCUCUGUGUCCUCCCAGCCUGCGGGACCUGGCAGCCUGCUGUCCUCCUGCUGCCCCCGCAGGGCCAAGCGCCGUGCCAUUCGCCUUGCCAACUCCACUGCCUCGGUCAGUCGUGGCAGCAUGCAGGAGCUGGACACACUGGCAGGGCUGCGGAGGAGUCCUGCCCCUCAGAGCCGCUCAAGCCUCAAUGCCAAGCCCCAUGACUGCCUUGACCUGAACUGCGACAGCCGGGACUUCGUGGCUGCCAUUAUCAGUAUCCCUACCCCUCCUGCCAACACCCCAGAUGAGAGCCAGCCUUCCUCCCCUGGUGAUGGCGGUGGGGCCAGCAGCACCCUCAGGAACUCCAGCCUGGGUACCCCUUGCCUCCUCCCGGAGACUGUCAAGAUCUCUUCCCUGUGAGCAGUAGGCCCGCCCAUCCAGAGGGCCCUCUCGAUUCUUGGGGACUCCUUUCCAAAGCCAUAUUUUGGGGAGGUGGGGAGGGGCAUGCCUGGGGACCCCUUCUGCCCCCCACUGAGAACUAUGCAAUGGAGUUUCAUGGAAUGGCUCAUCUGGUGGGGAAGUGGCCAGGGAAGGGGGCAACUUUCCCCACCCCAGACAGCUGUUCCAGUGGGCACUGAGGUGCUGGGCUUCCUCAGGCCCCCGGCCUCCUUGCCCCAGCACACUGGGACUGGCCUCCAUCUCCUAGCUGGCCUCCUGCAUGCUCCUCUUCUUGUGUCCCAGGCUCCCACCUGACUUCUGAGCUCUGGCCUGAUGAGAAGAGGUGAGACCUCCUCUUCUCUCUGGCUGGGCUGUGGAGGUUUGGGGGUUCAGAGAAGAGAACCUUCACCUCUGUUCUGGCCUCUAGGGGAGGUCCCCACCCUCCACCAAGCCCAACAACUCCCCGAUUCUGAAGCUCGGAAUGCAACCACAGGCUUCAUGGGCUGUGGCCUCAGCAGUGACCUGCCACCCCCUGCCCUCGCCUUGGCUCAGGGGUCAGGCUGCCUCUCCCAAUACACACAGAUAGCACAAAUGCCAUUCCCCUUUCCUGGCUGCUGGAAAUGGGUCCCUGCAACCCCGUCCUCCGCUGGGCCCCCAGCAAUCUCUAGCAAUAGCAGUUGCUGCCGUGACAUUAUGCAAAGCCUCUGCCCAGUUUGCUGCAGCGUUUACAUCUGCCCUAAUCAGAGGGGCCACCUCUAAGUACUCCUCCUCUCUUCUCUGGUUUGUUUCCUUCCUGGGUUGGGCUGGAGCCUGGACUGGCUGAGAUAAGAGCCUAGCAGCCAGUGAGAGCUGGGCUGUGUUUGGAGAUCAUAGGCUGAUUCCAUGUUCUUGGGCAGAAGUCCAGAAGCAUCAGGGGCUGAGGCCUGGGUUGUUCCUGAACUCUGGGAGUUGUAGGAGGCAGGAGGAACUCUUGAUUUCCUCCUCCUCCUCCCUCACAACGCCUUUUCACAUAUUCCUCUCUCUUUUCCCUCUUGGGUCACCUUCCGGAACUCUGUGUCUGCUCUUGGGAUGAAAUCUGGCAUCAUCUCAGGUUCCCUGUCCCCAGCACUGU